CACCGGUUCACUCCGCCAACGGCGCCCGCGACGUUCGGACGUGUCGAGCGAGAGACGUGUGACCGUGCACGGCCUCCGCCGGUGUUCCUGGGCGGACGAGCGCGAGCUUGUGACGGCGAGACAGCGGCGCAGCCGAGUGCGAGUGAAUCUGUCGUAACGCGACACGGGAGAACGUGUAGUAACCGCUGAGCCGUGUCGUGUGUUAUCCGUCUACUCUACUGCAGUGCGUCGAAAGUGCGCGGGAGAACGCGUGAGAGGGGGAGUCUGAGACGCGCGAAGACAGAGAUAUAGAAACAAUAGACAUCGAUUAUCCCUUUGUGCGCGAUCUAUCUCCGAUCGUUCGUAUCGCGCCGGGACAUCGUCAAACGAGAGACCGAGACAGCGAGGAGCGAGGAAGGAGAGAAUGUGAAGACAGUGCGAGAGAGCUAAGGGUUUUUUUUUUACUUCUCUCUCUGUCUCUUGUUUGUUUCGCACGCGGAGAUUCGUCGCCGGUUUGUCGUGGCUCACACACGUUACGAGCUUGGAGAGCGCGGAGUGUGAGGUCCCUCCCCUCCCUUCGAGGGUUUUUUUCUCGUUUCUCCUUCGCGUGACGCUGUCGAGCCUACGUAUACGAUCGGUGCGUUUCAGCGACGACGACGCGCGACGUGCCUCGUGACAGGGUAACGGGGUAUCCCGGAUUAAGCGGAGUGACGUGGACGGGAAUGGAAUCGUGUUCGCGGAAUAGCGGCGUCCGGGAAUAGGUGUGAGUGAGAGAGAGAAAGAGAGAGACAGACUCGUCGUUCGCGAACGACCGGACGACGACGCGACACAACGCGACGCAACAGCACGCAACGGCGCGGCGCGACGCGACGCGACGCGACGCGAUCCGACCCGACCCGACGUUCCCAUUUCGGUUUUCGUCGGCCGGCGGCGUGUGGAGUCCCACGGAGUGAGAGAGCGGCCGCCGGUGAUGCCCGACGACGAGCUCUCGUCGUCGUGAAACCGCGGAAGGUGACACACACGGCGCGCGUUUGUGCGUUCCAGGAGUAAACGGCCCGGCGACCUCGCGGAAGCCAAGGAGAGUGGGAAGAGAGCCCCCCGGAGAGCCCCCCUCGUCGGCGUCGUCGUCAUCGUGCGUCGCUGCUAUAGGAAGUUCUUUCCUCGGAGCGAAGUUGAGUAACCAUUACCAGGAUCAGCGCUGACAUCGAUCUUGCUCCGCCAAUGGAUAUGUCGCGAUGGGGCCCGAGAUAGAAAAUAGGUGCGAUGGAGUCUCGCGGAGCCGGCUUCUACUAUGAGUUGAGGCUUCGUAAUUAAUCGGGACUGGCAUGGAGAAGGAGAACUCCGCAUCGGGCGGGGGCGGUGGAGGCGGCGGAGGUGGCGGAGCUGAAGCGGCGGUGACUCCGGGCGCCACCUCCACCUCCGAGAAACUCCAGGCGGACCAGGCCAAUCCGUUGCUCGAUCCUACUGCACUCUUCGGCGCAUACUGGCCUCGAGGCGACAGCGCAGCGUCGUCGCUCUUCGGCGGGAUGCCGGGUGGUUAUGGCCUGGGGGCCCCCCAUUUGCCCUCGGCUUACGCUAUUCUGGGCCGGGGGGGCUCGGCGCCUGGCUUCGGGGGCCACACACCAGCCUCGGCGCCACCCCCGUCUCCGUACCCUCACAGCAGCCUCGGUACACUCAGCGUGGCCGCCAGUCAAGCUGCGAGUCUAGGCAUCAAUCCAGCAGCUAGUGCAUGGUGGACAAUGGCCUCUCAUCUGGCGGCGCAAGACUACCUCGCGAGGCUACAAGGAGCGGCAGGACUCCCAGGAUUUCCGCCCGGUGCCGAGAGCCUCCUGCCACCCUAUCCCGCCUCUCUACUUAAUCCCCCGUCCCUCUCGUCCCACAAGUCCAGUAAGUCUAAGUCAAGCAAGAGUCACAAGACACCAGCUAGCAGUAGUAGCUCAACGACGCCGAGCAUGACGAGCAGCAGCCUACCGGUGUCCACUCAACCACCGGUGACCUCUCAUCACAGCACCCCGGUCAGCAGCACGCCAAAUUCGCAAUCGAACGUCGUCAGUUCUGCGAAGGAAGGAAGUGAUCCUAGCAGUAUAUUGGGAGGUGUGCGCUUACCUCCCGACACAGAGAUCAUCAAGUAUACGUCGAGUAUAGUCGGUCCGAAGAUUCCUGGGACAACGAACCGUGGCAGGAAGAAGACAAUAUCCUUGGACACUCCCAGCGUCAGCGUACACCCGCCGCCCGUCCCCACCCUUAGCGCCCAUCAGACGAACACAACGUCAACCGCGUCGCUAAUGAUGGAACCGAGGAAGUAUAAUCGCACGACCGACUCGAACGAGUACAGAGAUUCGGUGGAUCGAGUAGAGGUAAUCAAACUGCCGGCCCAUUCAACGAACGGCUCCGUUCUGUCGGCGCCACCGAUAUAUACUAGCAGCAGCAGUAGCAGUAGCAGCAACGUGAACAACAACAUCAACGAUUCGGACGCGCCCCUAAAUCUCUCCCUGAAGCCCGCCACGACGAGCAGUAGCUCGCCGAUUUCUGGUAGUCAGCCGCUCAGUCAACUCAGUAAUUUAAGCCAAUCGUUACUUGCCUCCGAUCGAACGUCAAGACGAAAGCCUGGGCCAAAGCCGAGAAGAGUUCCGCAGAAUUCGGUGCCGGUGCCGGCGUCGCCUAGUCCUUCCUUGGCGCAACUCUUCGCUGCCGCAGAUUCGCCGCAGCGGCCGAGUAGCGGCAGCGAGGAGAGCGAAAGUGCGAGCACUACCACCCACCACAAGGACGGUAGGCCGCGAAAUCUUGGCCGCGGUGUGUCGAAGCCUAAGAAGAACACGGUCGCCUCGUUGCUGGCACAAAGCAGAGCUCUGGGAAUUAAACCUACUCCGACUUUGGAUCCAAGCGUGCCAUUGUCUCACCAAGUAUCGUUGCUGAGAUCGAACAUACUGGCGGCUCAAUUGCAGGUCGCUACUAGCCAGAGCGACGAUAAGUACUAUCACUUGCUAACGAAGAUACAGAAGAAGAAGCGACCUCGACCAAUUCGUGCUUCGUGGGCGAGGAGCCAUAAAUCUUUGCAGGAGAAGAUGAAAAACAAGUUGCUGGAGGCCUCGGGAGAAGAGAGUAACAUGGACGUGACCAGCGAGAGCGGCAGUAACACCGACGUUGUCACGGAUACCGAUGACGACAACGCGGAAGGCACACCCAGCGCCAAGAGGAGAAAGCUCAAGCCCAGCGAAAGAGACCUUCAAAUACCGUUAGAGCGCGGUUGGAAGCGUGAAACGGUUAUCAAGGGACUGGGAAAGACCGGAGUGAUAAAAGGCGACGUGUUGUAUUACAGCCCCUGCGGGAAAACUUUUAGGAGCAGUCCCGAUCUGGUGAAGUUUCUGGAGCAUCAGAAUCCAGCCGAGCUAACGACCGCCCAUUUUUCGUUUUCUUCCCGCCCAUUGGUCGGGGAGUUUCUGCAGCCUACGAUGGGUUUAGCAGACGCUGAAUUCGUCAGACUUGGUGCUCAGGAAGUAGCACGAAGACUGGAAGAGCUCAGAGCGGUCGGUGGUUUCAGAGACGCACGAACGAACAAUCAGUACGAGAGAGACAAGCUGGCUUACGCGAAGAAACUCGCGAAGGAAGAAGCACAACGGCACAAAGAACAAGCUAGGCUUAUUAAGGAGCAAGAAAAGUCGGAACGGUUGGAAGCCGUGAGACGAGAACGGGAAAUCAGAAAUCAACAGCUACUCGAGGGUCGAAAGCGGCUCGCGUUCACGAUCAAGCAGAAAAUGAAGAUCAUCCAAGAGAUCGAGCGCGGCAAGAGCAAGAGCGACGUGGCUCGCGAGCUGGGUCUGGCGAGCAGUACGGUCGCCACCAUCUGGAAGAAUCGCGAGAGCAUCGCCGAGAGCUGGCGUAACCGCGACGUGAUGCAGCAGUCGGACGUCGAGGACGUGCCGUCGAAGAAGCCGCCGUCGAUGUCGUCCCUCGUGUCGACGACGACCGGACUCUGCUCGCCGGUGCAGGCAAUAACGACGUCGAUGACGACGACGAACGCGAUCACGACGACGCCGCCGUCUCUGGUCUCUGGGGUGGUCGUGCCGCCUCCGCAGGUGCAGGUGAUACCGCCGGUACUACCGCCACCACCUUACCCUACCCUCACCCUGCCGCCGGCAUCGGCGGGCCUCGUACCGUCACCGCAGUCGACGACGUCGAUCUCCUCGUCGAACCUGUCAUCGACCACUACGUCGACCGGCACGACGACCACGAUCAUCCCGCUGGACAAUACCCACCAGCAGGCACAGACCCAGACGCAGAGUCAGGAACUUCUGGAGGCACGGAAAAAACGGCAGGAAGAGGUGGAGAAGAUCCGACUGGAAGAACAACAAAGGAAGCAACAGGAACGAGAGCUGAAGAGGCAGCAGGCGGUCAUGCUGAAGGAGCAGAUGUACAUGCAGGAGCUCACCAAGCAGCGCGAGAUGCUCUACACCGUCGAGCUGGAGAGGGAGAGAAGGAGGCAGCAUAUGGCCCUGGUACGGGCAUUGGAGAAUCGUCGGAAGAUGGAGGAGAAAGAGAAGAAACGCCUGGAGGCCAGGGCUGAGAGGAUAGCGACGAAGGAAAAGCGAGCAGAACAGAGGAGAGUCGAGAUGGAGUUGAUUGAACAAAUUCGCAAGCCCGUGGAGGAUAUGGAACUGACAGAUCACAGACCACUGCCAGAAGUCAAAAGAAUACCUGGACUCAAGCUCUCCGGGCAAGCGUUCGCAGACAUCGUCAUGGUAUUCGAAUUUUUACACAAUUUCGGGGAGACUUUAGGAUUCGACAUGGACUCGCUGCCGAGCUUGAGAAGUCUUCAACUCGCCCUUCUCAAUGAUGAGGAAGCCGAGGAGGAGAUGCUGUCAGUUAUGACGCACCUGUUAGUGUGUGCUAUUGAAGACCCAGGAAUUCCGCAACCAGCCAGACACACCACAGGCUUGGGUCAAAGUUUACGUCAAGCUGACAUCACUCACGCCAACAUUAGUGAAGUACUGCGAAUUUAUUUGUACGCGAACGCAACCGGCGAAGUAAAGGCUCUGACAGGGGUGUGCCUUGAGCGUGAGCGCGACAAGAAAUUUGCCGAUCAUCAUCAGAACGGCGGCGAUUACGCUUCAACCUGUUCAGGAAAGAACGCGCAGUUCUAUGAGCACUUACAUAACAACGAAACGUGGAAGAUGUCCGAAAGAUUAAGAGAUAAGCCUUUCCUAGCGUUGAAUCCCACGCAUAAGGCGCAGAUGCUCGCUUUCCUCUGUAAUGAGCUGCUGCAAAAUAAGGCUGUGAUCAGACAGAUAGAGGGUAGCCUCGAGACUGUGGCUCAGUUGAGGAAGGAGAGAUUCGUAUUGGAUACCAAAAUCAGAAAACUUAGACAAUUACAUAGUCGAAAAGUCCGAAUGGAGGCUGUGGGCGUAAUUGUGAACAAGAUUGGCGAUACAAUCACUAUCGAGAAGAAGGAAGGUGAGGAAGAAAGCAAUACUACGUCCACUGCCGUAGGAACGACACCUACACCAGACGAGAUUCAUCACGAGGAUGAAGUAGAAGACAUGUCUGAGAAUGAGAGUGAAGGCACUCAGCCAGAAGAGGAGGAAGACAAGAAUUUGUCUGGCGAAGAAUUGGGUAAGAAAUUGGAUAAACUACUGAAACAAUCGGAGGAACAAUUGCAAAAGCUGAAUAGCUCUUCGAAGCAACUCCGUGCGCACAUAUUCGGUCAAGACAGGUAUUGGAGGAGAUAUUGGGAAUUAGCAUGCUCUGGCGGCAUCUUUGUAGAAGCUAUGGAAAGUGCCGAACCGGAAGUUCUCGAACUUCAAGCAGAACUUGAUGAGAAGUACAAAAACAUGCCGAUAGAAGAGAAGUCCGAGGUGAAGCAAGAGGGCGAAAGCAAAACGAAUUCUGAAAAUCGUGAAAAUGAGGCACCGAACGAAGUUAAAGAUGAAAAGAAGCAUAACUCGAGCGAGCAGCAUGAGGAUACGAAAUCUCGUGGAGAUAAGGUCAAGUCUGAGAUAGAGGGGGUCAACUGUAAGAAGGAGCCUGUACAAAAUUGCGGCUCAGAGAAUUCUGAAAGUGUAAAGGAGGAGAAGAAAAACAACGACAUCGAUAGUACAAUGGCAGAUGCGAAAACAAAUGUCACGUCCGAGGAAAUAAAACAGGAGACGGAGGUAAUCAGUAAAGAUGUCGACAUGAAAGAGGAAGUGAAAAAGGAGAACGAAGAGAUGGACGAAGACACGCCGAAACCUUUGGUAAAAAUGAUGGAGGAUAAGAUCGUCGAAACAAUACCGAAUGGCGACAAGUUCAAUCACGUUAAUAAUCUGCACAAUGGGAAGGAACUCAACGGCUCCUUUAUUUCUAUUAUGUCGAUUAUUUCAGACAACAGCAAUGCCGAACCUAAUUGGUUCUCCAUUUUACCGCGUGAAACGUGCGAUACUCCGGGACCUAGCACUAAGCAAAUCUUUGGCAUAGCCGAGCCGACCGAGCUUAGAAUUCCAAUAUUCCCGCCACCGGCUAGUCCGAGUUAUGAUAGAUGCGACAGUCCAGCGCCUUUGAUAUUAACUCAAGAUGAGGCAGUGCAACUAGAAUAUUUGAAAGUGCAUGGUUUACCACCUCCAGGGGAAGCCAAACCAGUGCCGAGAGAUCUGAGAUACGGUUGGUCGAGGAUAACAGAUGUCGAUACUUUCCAAGAACUUCUAGAGCAUCUACAUUCUCGUGGUGUUCGCGAGAAAGAGUUGAAACGCACAACGUGGGCAACGAUGGAGUCUUUCCUAGCUGUAACCGGUAGAAUUAAUGUUGAUCCUGGCAACAUGGCCGCCACGGAACUUCAAGCGGAACCAGAUGAUCCCAAUACACCAAUUCCGAUGCCUGACGAUCCGAGCAUUUGGAGCGAACAGGUUGCGCUACGAGUAGAUGCUCAACUCUUGGAACAAGUGGAAGCACUUGAAGACAAAGUGGCUAACGCUAGUAUGCAAGUCAAAGGCUGGAAGCUACCACCGCGAGCAGGAACCGAGGAAGCCGAGGAAAUCGAGAAGUUAAACGAAAUGGAGAAGAUUAACGCGGUUGAACAAGCGCGGCAAAGGCUACUUUCUUUGGAGGCAGCUAUAGAAAGGAGAUACUUGAAACCACCUUUAGGCGUUUGCACGGGAGAUCCCAACUUGGCAGCCCUCAAGGCGGAACAGGCGGCGGCCGCUAACGCAAACUUGAAUAAUUCCGAGCAGAAUAACCAGGCGCCUGCACCACCAGAGGAAACAACGCCACGGGGUCUAAACACCUGGCGGGAAGCGACAGCACGAGCGCACACGUCGGCGCAACUUGCCAUGGCGCUUUACAUGCUCGAGGCCAGCAUCGCAUGGGACAAGAGCAUCAUGAAGGCUGUGAGUCUAACAACAGCUAGAAACUCGGUCUGCGCCAAGCUACGAAACCGCUGCGUCUCACUCAAAGCUACCAAUCAGUACAAACAGCUAUUGACUACUUCUCAGACCUCUAAUUGCCAGUUUUGUCAUAGUGGAGACAACGAAGAUAAACUGCUGCUCUGUGAUGGCUGUGACCGUGGCUACCAUACUUACUGUUUCCGUCCAAAAAUGGAAAACAUUCCUGAUGGUGACUGGUAUUGUCACGAAUGUAUGAACAAAGCAACAGGUGAACGUAAUUGUUUAGUGUGUGGAAAGAGAGUAGGUAAAAAUCUGGUCCUAUGCGAACUCUGUCCUAGGGCUUAUCACACUGACUGCCAUAAUCCUGUCAUGCCAAAAAUGCCACGAGGAAAAUGGUAUUGCUCUAAUUGCCACAGUAAACAACCAAAGAAGAGAAAUAGUAGUCGAAGGAGUCAUACCAAAGGGGGAGGCACCAGAGAAAGUGAAAGUUCUGAUCAUCCACCAGCUAGUCCAACGCCAUCAACGGCAUCGAACACGCACGUAGAGGAUGUCAGUUCGUCGGAACCGCCGACUCCUACCGCCUCACCACGGAAGGAGGGUAACAAUCGGACGCUCACGAAGAAGCAACAACGAGAGCUGGCGCCUUGUAAGAUACUCCUCGAACAGUUGGAGCAGCAGGACGAGGCCUGGCCGUUCCUCCUACCGGUGAACACCAAACAGUUCCCGACCUACAAGAAAAUCAUAAAAACCCCCAUGGAUCUCAGUACGAUUAAGAAGAAGUUGCAGGACUCCGCGUACAAGUCUCGCGAUGAGUUUUGCGCCGAUGUCAGGCAGAUGUUCAUCAACUGCGAGGUAUUCAACGAGGACGACAGUCCUGUGGGCAAGGCCGGCCACGGGAUGCGCAGUUUCUUCGAAAUGCGCUGGACCGAGAUCACCGGCGCACCGCCUCCGCAUCCACAAACACAUAGCUGAGGUUCGGUACGUUCGCGCAACACCUGCAACAGCUUCGCUCACUUCUACUAUUAGGAUAUGCGUCGCGAUCACCGACCGCGAUAGACCGACAGUCGUCGAAAGGAACUGAUCCAUCCCUCUACCACUUCACUUCCGAGCAUUAGUCGGCCUCGUUCUAGCGGCCGACAAAGUUUUUCCAUUUUAAUGGUAAUUUGUUGCGAACGCGGGUACAUUCUCGCCUAUCGUAUCAUCCAUUCUCGCUGUUCAUCAUAUACGCGAGUGCGUUUUUCUCGCGUUUCAUAAGAUGCUCUAGUACUCGGGUAUACUGUGACACGAACGUCUCGUACUUCAUUUCCUUGUUAGCACCUAUGACGCAGUUUUUGUCAAACUUACUCAUUGUAAAGUAUUAUAACGAGACGCUCUCAUAGCCGAUCGGACAUUCGGCUUCGGUUUAACGAAUAUUGAUAAAGAUGCGACAAGCUUCGCACUUAAGUCGAGAUCUUAGUCCACGGACAAGCACUUCUCGACAUCGACGUGAUUAAUCAGAUAGAAGCACGCGCGCAUCGUUUCGCUCCCUGUCGAUUGGGACGGAGCAAUGUGAAUGGUCAUUGUACUUACCGAUAAACAAGUGAACAUUUGCCUAAGCGACAAAAAUGUAAUUUGCGAUUGUAUUAUACGGGCUUAAUGCCGACGCAUCGUCGGCGAAAGAAAUAUUUUGCAAAGUAAUAAAUGUGAAAAAGAAAGAAGUUAUAUAUGUAUAUACAAAUAUAUAAAUAUGAAUAUGAAUAUAGUGUAUAUGCAUACAAAAUCUAUAUACAUAUAUUGUACACAUGUCACAACAUACAUACAUUCAAACGUACAUUUGCCCACGGAUGAGCACGAUAAGGGUAUUACUCGCCGUAGAAGUAGAAUAGACAAAACGAUGAACGAAGUUAAUGUUUGAAUUUGUAAUAUGAUAGUCUGAAUAAUCGAAUAUAAACGAAAUAAACUUUUUCUCAUAAAUUACAAAAAAAACCACUUUAUUCUCUUCAGCCCAAGAGGAGAUUGAAGGAAAAGAGGUUUAUUUCGAUCAUCCGGAUUGUCGUGCUACAAAUUGAAGAUAAGAUCUUAGCACCGUUUCGCAGAACCAUUUUGGCUUCUUAUGUUCUUUGCAUUUAGUUUCCAGUUUCAUUUACUUAUGAGUUAUAUGGAAGACGCAUGACGAUAUACGCAAAACGAGACUAUUUAUAAUAUAAACAAAGAGAAAGAAAAAAAAAGAAAAUAUUCAUAUUUUCACACAUCAGUAUUCUAAGACAAGGAUAUACAUAUGUCUUUACUGUGACAUUUGCGGAUAUUUAGAAUUUGGCAAAUUUAAAAUUAAUAAGUAUACGAUCUAACUAUCAUAACUACAAUUACUUUUUUUUUAAAAAGCAAAGAAAUUUAGACAGAUUAUAACGCGCCUAGUUAACGAUUAUUCUCCACUAAUUAAUUAAGUGUCGGAUCUUACGUACACUAUGUAUGAACGAUAUGUUUAAAUACUUUACUCGUAGAAAAAAAAGUGAAAUUUUUCUAGAAUACUCCGUUUACUUGAUUUUAUGCAACACAACGUCGUUUUCCGACUAGUAUACGUUGCGUGUGUAAAUCCAAAAUCUUCCACUGCCGUUAGAGAGAUUUGCAUUGCGUUAAGAUCAUUAACCCAAAAAUUUUAUUUAUUAUUUAGAAAUUGCUAACUAAUUUUUCCAUACGCAGGAAAUAUUGAUCAUUACCCUCGAAAGUGAUAGUGUUCAUCUAGCUUCUUAUUUUUCGUUCAUCGAGUGUCAUAAAAAUUCCGAAUCAGCGCAACAUAUACACAACAAAAAUUAGACAUUCAGAAAUGACAUCACCAGAAAUUGUAUGUCAGAUUAAUUAGCACGUUUAAAAAUACAAUCAGCAUGAAGAUUGUUCGAAUACAGUAAGAAGAACGCCGUGCACAACGCGCGCCUUUUUCGAAUUUUUAUGCGAGAGUAAUAAACGCGAUUGCGGUUUUGUUGUUAUUGAAAAGCUAAGUUUUCGUAUAAUUACUGUGCGUAGUAUUAUUAUUAUUAUAAUGUAAGAAUUAUAUUGCAAUUUUACCCCCGCAUCGAGCUCGACGACGCAGAGACUUGUGUCAGUUCUCUCCUACACUAACACGGAGUUUUCUAAGGACGACACUCGGCCGAUCGUCGAAAAAUCUUUCGAACGAAGUAUCGUCGCAGUGUUUGCCGUAGAAUAAAGUGCGAAGGGAUAAUAUAUCGCGCUGCGAACGAUAGAUUGUUAAAAUAAUGGCGAGUUUCUCCGAUUAAUAAUAAACGUGGUACCUUUGUGAAUGCGACCAUCUUACGCGAGACGGUGUCGACGAUGUAACGAGAGUACAUUAACACUUGUAUCUUGUUUUGUAUGUAAUUGAUGUACAUUAUUGCUCGUAAUAGCAAAAUAGUUGGUAAUAGCGAGAGAGACCCGGGAUGAGGGAGUUCAGCCGUAGUGUGACAUGCUAAAUGAUUACGGUUUAAAGAAAAAGGAAAAAAAAACAUUCGUAGCGUGUAAAAGUAUUAACUAGAGUAUAAAUGCCGACGGAGGAGCGACUACGAAGUAAAAAGUAAUUAAUAUUGUUCGGGGUGCGACUGAAACGGAGCGUCGUAAUUUAGGAACGAACAUCCGGUAAGAUCGCUGACGAAGUUGCGCAGUGACUAUAAAAUUCCGUAGCGUCUCAAUGCGUCGAGUGCCAAGACUUAGACCGUUAAUUACACUUGUGAGAAUUUGCUAAAAUGAUAAAGAUAAAAAAACUAAUCUCAUGGUUUUAACAAUUUAAUUAUUAGCGAUUACUAUCUCCACAGUUGAAGUGCAGCGGUCAAAUUCGUCGUAACUCGGGUACUCGGCGUAUUAAUUUGCGAAAGUUAUGACGAACAAUUUUAUUCUCUUCUUUCUUUUUCCUGUUUGUCCAUUUCGUUCUUGACGCCACGUGUGAUUUUAGCUUCUUCAGUAAAAAAAAAGGGGAACUGUUAGCUUUUGCAUGCGUUAAAACUUUUGCAAUGUGCGACGACAAGAGACUGCAAUUAGUUCAUACAUUCACUAAUGUAAAGCGCAAAUUGUGGGGCAUUUUAUUGAUCUUACCGGUUGUUCUUUGCCGGCCGUGCCGCUUGAAGCAUCGCGCCUCGCACCGUCAUACAGUAGCCGAUACAUUUAGACAUCUCAUACAUUCAGACGACAAAACCGACACGCAACAACAGAAACAAAUAAUUUUUUAAAAUUUAAUUAUUAUUUAAAUAGUACAGUUACAUUGUUAGUACGAAUAAAAACGACGCUUUUUAUACGAAUUUUAGUUUUUAAACGUCGAUCUUACGAUACAUAUAUAUAGUAUAUAUAUGUAUAUAUGUAUGUGUGUGUGUGUAUGUAUAUAUACAUACAUAUAUAUAUAGUAUAUAAAAAUGAGAGAGACAAUGGUAAUAGAGUAAUAAUAAUUGAUAUCGAUUAACGGAGCGGAUAAAGAGAAACGAAGGAAAUGUGUGGGAAGAGAACAAGUGAGCGAGUACGAGAAUGAAAGAAAAAAGAGAGAAAGGUAAAUAAGAGUGUAUGUGUAUGAAUAAAAGUGAGAGAGAACGAGAGAAAAGAAAGAGAGAGAGAUGUUUAAGUUAGGUGAUUGUUUGUCUAUCGUAUACACGAAGGCAUACGUUAGGUAGCCUCGAUGCUAUUUAAACAGACUUAAUUAAUGUAUUGCAAAUGAAUUAAUAAAGUGUAAGCGAAGCGUGUAUCUAUA